AUGGGCAGGCACAACCUUGCUCUCUGUAUGCUGGCUAUGAAUGAGCUUCGAAAGUACUACAUAUCUGCAGAGGCAUCGUACAAGCUUUUUGAAACAGCAAUUGACAAGAUCGAGCACCCAACACUGUACGAAGAGUACCAGCAGUCUCCUGUGGCCCUGACACCAGAUAACAGUGCAUUUACAAGCUGGCCCGACGGGUACGGUCUGGAGACCGCGGGGAUCAUCUCGGACGUGUGGAGUCCGCUGCCAAACGCAUACACAGACAACACCUCGCUUUCUGGAACUCAGUGA